AUGCCGCCAGUUGUUUCCGGACGCGUUCGCAAAUCAGACCCCAAGCAAAGCGCGUCUAAUUCCAAAGCCAGAACCAAAGAAGACCGCAUAGCACGAAGGAGGGCAAAAGCAGCCGAUGAUCAGCUCCAAUGGGAGAAUCAAUACCUUCAAGGUAAACCUGCAGCAUAUUUUGCUGGGUAUGAUCGUGAGGUGAUUCCUAACAUGUCGCCUUUUGUUCAAGUUACUUCCCCGUUCAAAGGACUUGGUAAGAUCGAGUUCACAGCUGAGACGGACGAACCUGGCUGGGACUUCUUUCGCUCGUCCAGAGGUAAAAAGUCUAAUCCGAAUCAUCAUGUGUUUGUUAUGCCUCAUCAGCACAUUGAACGAAUCAUCAUCAUCCCAGCAAUUCCUGAUGGCAAUCUCAAGUGGAUUGUCCUGAUCGUUCCAACAGCUGCGACUGGAUCCUCACUCGCGGUCAGGAAGUACCCCAAAAUCAUUCAAUUCGAAAUUCCUGAAACUGAUCUUGACGGCGCAAAAAUACUCAGAGGUGUACAUGAUUUUCCGACUUUCAAGAACCACCUUAUAAAUCCAGACAAACAGGAAAUAGUUUUUGUAAAACAACCGAAGAGUCAAACCCAGCCGAAGAUGUUCGACUGUACCGUGAAUCUAGAUAAAGUGGAAGAUAGCUACUUGGAAAGAGGCAUUGACGGCAUCCUAUGGGACGGAGAAACUCCUUUGUAUUUUCCUGUGUCUUCCAUAACCUUUUGCAUGCUUACCUUUUCGAAAGAAAGUGUUCGCAGCGGUGCAUGGCAUGAGUUCAGGACAGUGGCUGUGGGCCUUAUGAUACAGGCCAAGGAACCGUUCUACGAGGGAGAAGACCAACCCAAAAAGCCUUUCCUAUACUUCAAGGACAUCCAGGGCUUUGGAACCAGGAGGAAACACAUUGAGGGUUUCUGCGCGGCACAUCAGAUAAACCUCCAACUGGUCGAACAGCUAUUCUAUAGCUACGACGACAACACGCCCAUGGGCGGCUGGAUGCCUCUGAAUGGAGACGGUUAUGACUCAGAGGACCAUGGCCUCGAAUCAGAUCCAGGUCCAGAUCCAGAUCCAGAUGUCGAUUCAGAGACUGACUCAGAAGAUGACGAUGACUGCGUUUUUCUAGGAGCUACUUGA